AUGUUCACCAUCCAAGGUCCUGUGAUAUACGCCUUGCUCCUCGUUGUACCCGUAGCCCUUCUCCUCAGUCGCCGACGCUCCAUAAAGGCAUCUGCGCCCAAGCCACUUGCAGACGAGACAGACAAGGAAAAAGAGCAGAAACCCGCGAAAUCAAUCAUGCAGCCACCACGAGACGAUCUUGUUGCGCCUAAGGAGGAUCCAUUCACUAUCGAACAGCUCAAGGCGUUCGAUGGGUCCGAUCUGUCUAAACCAAUAUACGUUGCUAUCAAAGGCACCGUGUUUGAUGUCUCACACAAGACAGACGUAUACGGCCCAGGAAAGUCGUACAACCUCUUCGCUGGGAAGGAUGCCUCCAAGGCGCUGGGAAUGUCGAGUCUGAAGCCGGAAGAUGCGAUUUCGGAUUAUAGCACACUCAGUGAGGGGGACAUGAAGACGCUGAAUGAUUGGCAUGCAUUCUUUACGAAACGCUACAAUAUCGUUGGACGUGUCGUUGACCUCCCACCCCCGAGUGCGCCAACGUCGAACAUGAUGCUCAAUGUCACUCACUACAACCCGAACAUCACGUUAUUGAAGUAUGCGAUAUUGGUUAGUUUGAGAGGCCACACCUCGGAAACCAAGGCCGUCGAGGGAGCCAAGGUCGAAGUAGUCAACACGAAGUCUAACGUCUUGAUUCUGACGUUGUGCAUGGGAGCAGUCGAAGCUGCAGCUACCGCUACCUCCCUACUCAACAUCGAACAAGGUUACCACAUUCACCCAUGUAGAGGUCUCCACGCAAGUUGGCAAAAUCAUUGGGCAAGGCCAACUGGUUAA